AUGUCGGCUGUCAAUGCCACUCGUCUGAACGCUCCGCAGGCGUUUGUCUCGAGCUAUGCGCCGCGCAUUCGCACAUAUGGCAACUCGCUCCUGACGCCCGUUGUACCGCAGACAAUCCUCCCCCCAGUGCGCACCACAAAACGAGGAACGACAGCAAUCAACUAUGCCGAAGAGUUCGACGACGAUAGUAUCGAUGAUUCCGAUGCUCCUUCCCGACGAGCGACCGGCCUGCGCACAGCUCAGCAGCGUAAUCUGCCCGAUCCUAUGGUUGAGAAGGCGAAGGAGCUGGGGAAAGAGGUCUACGCGCCUGUAGACGUGCAAGGAAUAUGGCGAGACUGGAUGGGCAAGCCGAAGCGGACACUCACAGAGCGCCAAAUGCAUGUCCAGUCCGCGCUGCCCACCAAUUUGAUCCCCAUCAAGAUCGAUCUGGAUGUGGCACCAUUCCGACCAGAAGCUGCCCUCCCAACGCCGAGUAAUGCUAAGGAUUUUGGAAUUGAUGAGAAUCUGCCUGCGUACAAAGCGCCAGAGCCGACGCCGCCAUAUCGAUUGAAGGACAUCUUCCUCUGGAAUCUUCAUGAAGCACUGAUUACACCCGAUAUGUUCGCCAAGACCUUUGUUGACGAGCUCGACUUUCCUGUCAUGCGAAAGCAGGCCAUGAUCAACGAGAUCGCGCAGUCAAUUCGAAUGCAACUGGAGGAGCAUUCGUCGGUAGCACUACAUCCACUUUUCCAGCCAGAGACAGCCAAUCCGCCAGCACCAACAUCAAACGCGCCCACGCCAUCGAUGCGACCAGCAGUGUCUCGCGAAGACUCUUCCACUCCCAUGCACAUGGACACACCAAGCAACCGCUUCCUGGAGCUUGCGCGCACCAAUGGUGACCACGUCUCUUCCGAAGCCCCUACGCCAGCAGCCAAUGGGACGAGCACGCCUGCGAUAGGUGCAACAGCGCAUCCGCUUCCUAAAGACCCGUUGACAUCGUCCGCGCUCAAUCCAGCCGACUCGCACAGAUGCGUGAUCACGCUGUCUAUAAAUCUGCAAAAUAGACUGUAUACUGACAAAUUCGAGUGGUCUCUGCUUCAUCCUCCUGGAUUUCCGGAAAUCUUUGCAAAGCAGACUUGCGCAGAUAUUGGCCUUCCAGGCGAAUGGGUACCCAUGAUGGCGCAUGCGAUCUAUGAGGCAAGCUUACGACUGAAGAAAGACAUGAUCGACAACAAUGGUACACUUGCUGGAGUUGUUGGCAGCGGCGUUGAUGGCUGGGGUGUUGUUGAGAAUGAAGCCUGCGAGUACCACGGUACAGCAGAGUCCGCUCUUGGCGUCGGUGCAGGCUGGCGAUUCGACGAAGACGGGCUGGGUGCAGACUGGGAGCCAAAGAUUGAAGUGCUAAGUAAGGAAGAGAUCGAGAAGCGGGAGGGUGACCGAGAGAGGCAGAUCCGGCGACAACGACGAGAGACCGCACGAUUCACAACGACCUACAACCUGCCAACGCAGCAAAGCAGCACAUAUGGCGACUACUUCUCAGGUGGUCUCGGCGUAUCGCAGGCCAAUGGCGGCGGCGAAGACGAGCGAAUGGGUCGCGGUGAGCGGUCCAAGAAGAAGCGCCGGUUCCGAAGCUUGUCGCCAGUUGGCCGCGAGACCCCAGAAGCAGCUGGUUUUGGCGGCACUUCUUACAAUUUGUCGGAAGGCGAGCGGCAGUACUGGACCUGCUCUCACUGCAAUGUCUGGGGUGCAGCAAUCUGGGGUGUUCGCGAUGGACCUGCUGGUCCGCGGACACUAUGCAACAACUGCGGCCUGCUAUACGAGCGUGACAAGCGAUUACCGCCAUGGAACUAUCGUCUCUUUGCUCACGAGAAGAAUCAAGGAUCACGGGAGGCACAUAUACCCCAAUACGCCCAAGCUCCCCCGCGUCAACCGUCACAUCUGCAAUCGGACAUCGCCUCCUUCCCAAUGUCGACACCGGUCCAGCCCACACCGAUCCGACCGCAACAGAGCGACCUCAAUCCUUCUUCGCAUCUGUAUACUGGAGCGUCUUCCGGUGGCCAAGGGCAAAUUUCUGCCACAACCAUGGCAGAUAUUAUCAACUAUGCGGAACCUGGCGAGGACCUUGACUGGACUAAGAUCACGGAGCCACGUGAGCGGAAACGUCUGCAAAACAUCAUCAAUGGACGCAAGUACCGCGAGCGCAGGUUAGCAGCAGAGGGCCAUUCGGGCAGUGGUGGCAACUAUCCUGGCGCUGCUGGGGUAGGCUCAUCUUUGUCGACAGGCUAUGGGCACAAGCAGUCUAUGGGCCAAGGUGGAGGAACUCCAGGCCCUGGCCAGUGAAGCCAUGCCUUUGCGGAUGUCCUUACUGGCCUGCAGAGCAACCAUUAUGAGCUGUCAGGUCAAUGAGCAUAUUCAUUUCUUGUACAAUCUGGGACUUUAGCGCGGCGCUUCGGCAUAGGGUAGAGAUCAGGGCUUAGAAGCCGUGAGCAUUAUCUGGAAGCAUCAUGUUCGAUCAGCGAUAUCAGUAGCUCGUGGCAAACGACGUUUAUGGAGGC